UGUUGACGAAUCGACGGAAAUGUCAUCUGGUAGAGUUCCACCACCGUCGCAACAACAGCAGCCAGAAUUUUACGGCCCAGACACACCAACGUUCGAUCUAAGCUGGGACUAUAACUACGAUACUACGCUGGCCGCACCACCAAACAAUGUGCCACCCGUCGUGCACAGUGGCGAGAAUCGAAUCAUCACCGCUCAACCACAGUCGCAGCAGAGGGAACGGGACGGUGUCAGUCUACGGAUACAAACGUCUCAACAGUCCGGUGAUCACAUACGAUCCGUCAACAGCCCAUUUCUGACGCCAUUCUCACCGCGUGCGGGUUUGGACUUCCUGUACGGAUUGCCGUCGGUCUUUAUACAACAGAGUUACGAGCUUAACGAUUUACAUUCGGGCGUUGCAUCGGAAAACCGUUUCACAGUACGUGGACCCUCCAACGAAGCACUUUACGGUGCCUCCGAAACAUCCGACCCGAAGGAUCGGUUUUGGGGUUCUUUAAGACCCUUUAGCCUAUCGCUGGUCGAUCGUAGCCAUCAGGAGGUGCUGCUGUUUAAGAAAAAUCUCGGCUGUGGCGUGUUUUGCUGCUUCUGCAAAAACCAGUUCCUCGAGGUGUGGGCCAAUCCGGGUGAGCUGAUCGGUUGCAUACAGCAGGACUAUGGGAUACUGUCGCAGGAGAUCGUACUCUUGAACAGUGAUAUCAACACGAUGUUCCGAAUACCGAUACCGUUCGUGAAUGCGAUCCGGAUGCCGAAGGAGACCCACUUCCGGGUGAUGGAUCGUGAUCGGAUGACACAGAAGGGUACGAUUACGCGGGCAUGGAACGUUAAUACGGCUAGCUACACGAACAACAUCUACUAUUCGGAUCCGACGAUGGACGUGAAGUUUAAGUCACUGUUUAUUGCGGCUGCUUUUAUGCUGGAAUAUCUGUACUUUCAAUCUAAUUGUUGCUAA